AGGUGAAGGUUAUUACUCUGUUAAUAACCGGUAGGCACGAAGUGCAAGAUCAUUACUGCUUUGGUCGUCAUUAAUGACAAUAGCUGAUACUGACAACUGACAGUUAACUUUUUUACAUUCUGCUUCGUAAAUAUUAAUUGACAACAUGUCGGAAGGAAAGGGAGAUAUUGCCUUGAUUGGUCUGGCUGUGAUGGGUCAAAAUCUUAUCCUUAACAUGAAUGACCAUGGUUUCACAGUUGUAGCAUUUAACAGAACAGUUGAUAAAGUAGAAAGGUUUAUGGCAAAUGAAGCCAAAGGAACUAAUGUUAUUGGUGCCAAAUCUUUAGAAGAAAUGGUGAAAUUGUUGAAGAAACCACGAAGAGUUAUGUUAUUGGUAAAAGCUGGUUCUGCUGUGGAUGAUUUUAUUGCUAAAUUGGUUCCAUUACUAGAAGCAGGUGAUAUUAUAAUUGAUGGAGGUAAUUCAGAAUAUCAAGACACUGUCCGCCGAUGUAAAGAGUUAUUAGCAAAGAAUUUAUUAUUUGUUGGUAGUGGUGUUAGCGGUGGAGAAGAUGGUGCUAGAUAUGGUCCAUCUCUUAUGCCAGGAGGUGAGCCAGAAGCAUGGCCAUUUAUUAAAGACAUAUUUCAAUCUAUAUCUGCUAAAGUUGACAAAGAGCCUUGCUGUGACUGGGUUGGACCACAAGGUGCAGGACAUUUUGUCAAAAUGGUACAUAAUGGAAUUGAAUAUGGAGACAUGCAACUGACAUGUGAAGCCUAUAGUCUUAUGAAAGAUGCUCUUGGCAUGACAUGUCCUGAAAUGGCAGAAGUUUUCGAUGAUUGGAAUAAAGGUGAAUUAGAUUCAUUUUUAAUAGAGAUAACUCGAGAUAUAUUAAAGUUUAAAGAUACAGAUGGGAAAUAUCUGGUAGAAAAGAUUAAAGAUUCAGCUGGACAGAAAGGUACUGGUAAAUGGACAGCAAUCUCAUCACUGGAAUAUGGUGUUCCAGUCACGUUAAUAGGUGAAGCUGUAUUUGCACGUUGUUUAUCAUCAUUAAAAGAUGAACGUGUAAGUGCUGCUAAACAGUUAAAAGGACCAUCAACCACUAGAUACGAGGGUGAUAAAAAGGCUUUUGUAGAAGCUAUCAGACAGGCAUUAUAUGCAUCUAAAAUUGUGUCAUAUGCACAAGGUUUUAUGUUGAUGAGAGAGACGGCCAAAGUGUUAGGUUGGAAAUUAAAUUUUGGUGGUAUAGCUCUGAUGUGGAGAGGUGGUUGUAUUAUCAGAAGUGUAUUUUUGGGUAAUAUUAAACAUGCUUAUGAGAAGAAUCCUGAUUUAGAAAACUUAUUGUUAGAUGAUUUCUUUAAAAAAGAAAUUCAAAAAUGUCAAGAAUCAUGGAGAAAGGUUGUAUCAACAGCUGUAUUGUUAGGUAUUCCUACACCAGCUUUUAGUACAGCAUUAGCUUUCUUUGAUGGUUAUCGUAGUGAAAGACUUCCGGCUAAUCUUAUACAGGCACAGAGAGAUUAUUUUGGAGCUCAUACAUAUGAAUUAUUGUCUGCCCCAGGUAAAUUUGUACAUACUAACUGGACCGGCCAUGGUGGUACUGUAUCAUCUUCAACAUACCAAGUUUAAAACAACAUCUCAUAAUAUAUACUAAAACUUACAUUUUAUAGAAGAUAUGACAACGUAAUAAGUUAUUACAUGUAUUUUUAUUAAGUAAAAUAUAAAUUGUAUAUUAAAUAAUGUUUAGAGAUGUGCCUUGAAUAAUGGGCUUCUAUUGAUAUCAAAAUUUAUAAAUUGUACAUUAAAUUAUGUUUAGUUGUGCCUUGAAUAGUGGACUUCAGUUGUCAAAAAUUUUGUUUAAAGCACUUUAUUUUGUUUUUGAAAUUUUAAUCUGAUAAUAAAUUCCUAGUUUAUUUAUUCUGUUUUCUUUACACAUGACAUUGUAACAAUUGGAGAUAAAAUUAAAUCUGAUUAAAAUACAAACAUGAACAAGUUUUUAGAUUUGUAAUUUAAUCAAAUUGAGGUGAUUAUAAUUGUGAGGGUUUUUUUUUUUAGUUUUACAAUGUUGACUUUUUUGUUGAUUUAUGUACUGUUGAUUAUACUGUUACCUGUAGUAUCAAACAUAUAUAAACUGAUUUGUUUCUUACUUUAUCAAACAUUUAUGAACAAAUUAUGUAUAGUAUGUUAUCAAACAUUUAUAAACAAAUUUGUAUAUGGUUAUGUUACUGGUGUCAAACAUUUAUAAAUCAAUUUACGUAUGUUUAUUUUGUAGUUUUCUAAAAGAAAUCGAUUCUAAUUAAAAUGUAUUUCAUUUAGAAGAAUAAUUUUGGUCUUUCUUGGUAAAUCACACUUUCAGUCAUUUAAAUCGUGCAUUGAAGCAAUGUAUUUUCAUUAAAAGUAAUUCCUUAUACGCAAUUUUAUAAUAAAGAUAAUUGUUAGAAUUGACUUCAAUGUUUUUCCUUAGUAUAUUAUUGGGUCAUGGACCUUACUGCCAAACGGAAUAAUCCAUGAAGCAACUCAUGAAAAUAAAUGAAAUAAUGACAAGACUGGAGUACUUUUCAACAACCCAACUGUUUAUUAGUAUUUUUUGUUAACAUUAUUGGGAUCAAUAUUAAGCAUUAGAUAUUUAUUAAAGUCAUGUAUCUACAGAAUAAAAUAAAGAAAUAAAAUGAG